AUGGACUCAGAAGGGGAUGGACCUCCAACGUGGAGGCGCCAGGAAGGCCAUGAGCCGGAGUCGUUCCAACCAACAAGCCAACGUCGUCAAGCCACAGUGUUUGAUGCUGUUGCAGCCAGAACCAAGUCAACUGAUAUCGAUUUAGGAAAAUUGACCAACAGGCAUGGUCGCCUGGAAGGUGAUGCUCCAGCCACCCAGACACUUUACUCUACCAAAGAGGUGCCCUUUGGCCCAGACGAGGUCCUCUUCCGACGGAAAGAGGCACCCCAGCGUUACGAAGAGUAUGACAUCUACAAGUCUCAUGUGAGAGACCUCCCGCGAGCUGGCCAGGGUGUUCUACCCGAGAGCGACUUGCUCAAGGCCAUCCACUCGUAUACCAGCCGCUGCUAUGGGAGUCUGCAUCGCCAAGCAUCAGAAGAGGAUACCCUGGACGUCAAUGAGCGCAGCAUGGACGAGACGGCCCUCCUUGCAUUCGGGAUUCUGCUCGAGGAAGCCAGCAGAGAGGUACUUGGCCGUCACGGAGACCUCGUGUUCACCGAGGGUCUGGAUGGAGGCGAGGGCGCUGCCCCCAGUGACGCGGUAACGAGGCGAUUCGUGGUACCUUUGGGAGCUGGAGACCUAGAAUCAGGGGUGAGGGCUCCAUCUCGCAAGAGGCGAAGGGUGGCAAAAAGUGAAGAUUCUCAUGACAUGUGA